AUGAACAGCUUGGCGAUUCCAUCUUCUUCCUCCUUCUCUCUUUCGAAUCCUUAUCGUCAACACUCUCACAUUUCCUUCAUUUCCUGUAAUCCUCGUCCCCGAUUGAGUUCCAAUUUUGAGUUAAGCGGGCUACGAUUGAGUGGAGAAGCUCGACGAACCUCUUUAAGAUGCAAUUGCAGCAGCAAGAGGAACGAAGGUGAAAACGAAAACAGAAUUGUGUUGGAUGCUUUCUUUUUGGGAAAGGCAUUAGCUGAGGUUAUCAAUGAGCGUAUUGAGUCUACUGUUGGAGAAGUUUUGAGUAACAUUGGAAGGUUUCAAGCUGAGCAACAAAAACAAGUUCAAGAGAUUCAGGAAGAGGUUCUUGAAAGAGCCAAGAGAGCUAAGGAAAGAGCAGCUCGAGAAGCCAUGGAGGCACAGGGACUUGUUGCUUCCAAGCCAGAAACCAUAACCCGAAAACCCACUGCUGUCGUUGUUACCUCUGUGACUCCUACCUCGGCCGUUGAAAAUCUGUCAGGUUUCUCCGGAUCUUCGAUGGGUGGUGUAGAGGAGAGCUCAAGUUCUAGCGAUGAAGACGGUUCCUAG